AUGAUAGGAGACCAGUCUGACAAUUGGAUUAUUAUAGGGGUGUCGGGAGUAACCUGCGGAGGAAAAACAACUUUAGCAAACCAAUUGAAGAACACAUUAACUCCCGUAUAUGUGUUCCAUCAAGAUAAAUACUUCCAUCCGGAUGACAGUCCCCGUCAUGUGAAAUGUGCGGGGUUAGAACAUAACAACUACGACAUUCUCUCAGCAUUGGAUAUGGAAAGCAUGUACAAUGAUAUAGUAACCACUAUUGAUGGAGAAGACAGGUCACAUGGAUCUUUCAGAGAAAGAAGAGAAGGGAGGUUGGAGAUUGACGACAAGAGUUUUAUAAUUGUCGAAGGGUUUACAGUGUUAAAUUAUGCGCCCAUUAAUGAAAUUUGUGAUUUAAGAUAUUACUUUGUGUUGGAAUAUGAAGAAUGCUUGUUAAGACGAUCAUACAGGCUGUAUGAUCCUCCAGAUGUCGAAGGCUACUUUGACCAGUGUGUUUGGCCUGAACACCUAAAAUAUAAAGCGGAGAUCGAGCGAGAUGCGCGAGUCACAAUACUCGAUGGAACGCAGCAAGACUCACUGAGCAUUGUUGUACGGGACUUGCAAAAUCUGGGGGCCAAUUAUAUAUAG